GCAUGCGCAUGAGAAGAAGCGCGGAAGUGGUGAUUGCUAAGCUGCUGCUGUGACAACACAGCUGCUACUUAUGGACAAAAGAGCGGUCUGACAUGUACACAGCCACACUGAAGGCUCGUCUAUGUAACGUUCAGGAGCUCUGCAAAUGUCCUGAAAAUGGCAAAGGUUGUUCGGGCUUUAGUUUUAUACCUGUGGAGUGUUUUCCUGCAGCUCAGUGGCGUGUCAGGUCACGGGAUCAAUGAACUGCUGUACUUCAGGGUCAUCAGUCCAGAGGAUAUAGGGUAUAUCUUCAGUGCAGCUCCUGCUAAAGACUUCGGAGGAGAUUUUACAUCAUCUUAUGAUGAGAUCUUUCUCGUGCCAGCAGACCCAGCAGAUGGCUGCUCAGAUCUGGAGGACACAGAAAUCAUCCAGGGACAAGUAAUCCUGGUGGAAAGGGGAGGUUGCUCCUUUGUACAAAAAGCCCGACACGUAGAGGAAGCAGGAGGCAAAGCUGUUCUGAUUGCUGAUAAUGCAGAGGAUAAUGACAGUCAGUACCUUGAUAUGAUCACUGAUGGCAGCACUGCCAAACCAAGCAUACCUGCACUAUUCCUGCUGGGGCGUGACGGGAUGAUGAUCAGACGAUCUCUUCAGAGACAAGCUCUGCCGUGGGCGGUCAUUUCCAUUCCUGUCAAUGUUUCCUCUUUGGCUUCAUUCCCACUCAAGCAGCCCCCGUGGACACUGUGGUAGAAAUGACGCACACCCACAACUCCAUGUACUUCCUCACUCAAUAAACGCUCUUUCAUCA